UAGAAAAAAGUAACAGUCAGUGACAUUUCGCAGUGUGUUGUGUAGUGCGAUUCUAGAAAAACUUUAAAAUUCAUUGAAAAAUUCUAUUGUAAGCGAGUGAAAUACUGUGUUUUACAUCUGUUUUUAAGUGUAUGGACCAUACAUAUAAAUUUCAAGUUUGUUUAAUAUCAGUGCAAUCAAAUUCAAACGUUUCUUUCACAAAGAAGUUCAGUUUUUGCUAUCCCUGUGCAAGGAAUCUUUAUUACAGCAUUGGAUAUUCAAAUGUGUUUGAUACGAUAAACUCAUCAAAUCGACUAGUGAAGGUGGAUAGACGUCGCGGUAACUGGCAUGGGUGCGCGGUGAGUGUUCGAUCGCUGCAACAAAAUGACAGAGGGCGAGAAACAGCAGAGCGCGGGCGGGGCGAACGCCGCACCGCAACACAGAAAAGGACACAGGAGGCAAGAAUCGAUGUACGCGAUGACGGGCCUAUACGCCGAGUCAGGGUGCGCCGAGGGCGACGCGGCCGGCCCCAGCACGCCGCCGAUGCCCGCGCACCCCUCCCACCCGCCAAGGGAGUCCACCAAGUGCCACAGCAGGAACCCUUCUGCUGGAAUAUGCGACAGAGAGAAGGAGCGAGAAAAAGAGAAACCGCACCAGAUAUUUCCCGAAAUAUUGGACAUUCCUCAUGACGCACGAGAUUGCGGAAUCCUGUCUUGGAGACCGCUUUUUAUUCAGAGAUUUUCUAGUAUUAAAGUGUUUGUAUUUUUCCUGUCGUUCCUAGUAACAUUGCAACAGGCAUUAAGCUCGGGCUACAUAAACUCUGUGAUCACGACAAUCGAGAAACGAUUCGAAAUACCCUCAAGUCUCUCGGGUCUCAUAGCGAGCAGUUAUGAGAUCGGUAACGUUAUUACCGUUAUAUUCGUCUCAUAUCUUGGAAGCAGGAGGCACAUUCCCGUUUGGAUUGCUGUUGGUGCGGUUAUCAUGGGUAUCGGUUCAUUGGUGUUCGUCGUGCCACAUUUCAUAGCGGAAGCGAACAGCGAAAUGUUAAUGAAUAACAAGUCCGAUGAUAAUAUCUGUCGAUUGCCGCGCGCGCUGGAACAAGACAUGAGCGGUCUCGGGAGACUGUCCCAAGGCCUGCCGCCGGCCAACUUGAGGCCUGACAACUGUAUCAAGAGUUCGCCCAGCACCUUCGUGCCUGUGAUGGUGUUCGUGGUGGCGCAACUGUUGCUCGGUUGCGGCGGCUCCCCGCUGCUGACCCUGGGCACCACUUAUGUUGACGAUCAUGUGCGACCCGAGUCGUCGAGCAUGUAUAUUGGUUGUAUGUACAGUAUGGCUGCUUUUGGACCAGUUCUCGGUUUCUUAUUAGGUGCAUAUCUACUGUCAUUUCAUAUGGACUCUUUCUCUGGUACUAUAAUUUCAAUAGAUCCAGGAGAUCAUCGGUGGGUUGGUAUGUGGUGGGGUGGCUUUCUGCUAUGCGGCCUUCUCCUCAUUCUUGUAGCAAUUCCGUUCUUCUCAUUCCCGAAAGUUUUGGUUCGCGAGAAAGAAAAGAUACGUCUCGUCGAGAAAGCGGCCGCGGCCAGUGGCGCGUCCACUGCCAAGGCGCCUCCCAAACCACCAACAGAUAUGAAAGAUACUGGAUAUGGAAAAGAUAUAAAAGAUAUCCCCGUAUCGAUGUGGCGACUCCUCAAAAACCCAGUGUACGUGGUGACCUGCCUGGGCGCGUGUAUGGAACUCAUGAUAGUGUCGGGCUUUGUCGUGUUCCUGCCCAAGUACCUCGAGACCCAGUUCAGCCUCGGAAAGAGCCAAGCUAGCGUUUUCACAGGUUCAGUAGCCAUUCCCGGUGCGUGUAUCGGGAUCUUCAUGGGCGGCUGCCUCCUCAAACGGCUGGAGUUGCGGCCGAAAGGCGCCGUGCAGUUCGUGCUCAUAUCCAACACCAUUUGCCUAUCGUGCUACGCGCUUCUGUUCUUCUUGGGCUGCGACAACAUCAAAAUGGCCGGCACCACCAUACCAUACACUAAUAAUAGCAACCUGGAGCCGUUCAAGGUGAACCUGACGGCGGCGUGCAACUUCAACUGCCUGUGCACGGAGACGGACAUGGAGCCGGUGUGCGGCAACAACGGCCUCACCUACUUCUCGCCGUGCCACGCCGGCUGCGCCGCCUUCUCCUCGCGCUCCAACUUCACCAACUGCGCCUGCGUGCACGAGAACAGCCGCGAGGUGGCGGGCGGCGUGGGCGCGCUGAGCGUGGGCGGCGCGGCGGCGGCGGCGCUGACGGCGGGCGCGGCGCGCGAGUACAGCGAGGUGACGGUGGUGCCGGUGGCCACGGCCGGGCCCUGCAACCCGCCCUGCACCACCAUCUUCCCGUUCCUCGUGUUGCUGUUCUUCAUGACCUUCGUCGUCGCCGUGACGCAGAUGCCGCUGCUCAUGAUCGUGCUCAGAUCCGUGAGUGAAGAAGAACGGUCGUUUGCACUUGGCAUGCAGUUCGUGAUAUUCCGUCUCUUCGGCUACAUCCCGGCGCCCAUCGUGUUCGGAAACCUCAUCGACUCCACCUGUAUACUUUGGAAGCAAUCCUGCAGCGGAGAGAAAGGCGGCCGAUGCUUGUUGUAUGAUAUCGAGAAGUUUAGAUACAGAUACGUCGGUCUUUGCGGUGGCAUAAAGAUAGUGGCUCUUGGAAUAUUUGUAGCGGACUGGUGGCUAGUGCGACGACGCAAACACCUCGAAACUACGCCUCCACUCGAUCCUCACAAGGAUAUCGCCGGUUCCAUUAUCAGUCUAGAUAAACUUUUCGAAGAGUUACCGUCGGCGGAUAAUGCGAGCGGUUUCCGCUCGGCGGUGACGUCGGGGCCCAGCUCCGCCACCACCACGCCGAUGGAGCCGCCGGCCCUGAUGCAGGACGCGGACCCGUACCGAACCAAGCUUCAUCGAACCGACUCGCAAUACUCGCAGGACUCGCAGACGCGGGGCUCGGGGAAGAACUCGCGCGUGCUCGUCGCGUCGCGGCACCUGCGCAACGACUCCAAGACCAUUCAGCUGGAGCCGCGCGCGCGACAGCACGCGCAGGACGAGGAGCGCGCCCGCGCCACGCGCAGCGAUUCGCGCCACUCGCGCGACGCCUUCCCGCGCUCCGCCUCGCGGGACUUCCCCUCGCACUCGCGGUCCACCUCGCGAGAUUUCAAGAAAGCGCACUCGCGCUCCGACUCUCGCGACCUCAGCCUCGAGCAGCUCAAGCAGCUCGCCAUCAAGAGCAUGGAGAGCCUCGACCUGAGCGUGCUGCCGCUCAGCAAGUGCGCGGACGAGGAGAGCACGCGCCUCAUCGCGGGCGGCGCGCUCCGGCACCGCCGCACCGGCUCCAAGGACCUCAAGCCGCCCGACGCGCGCCACAAGCGGACGUCUUCGCAUCACAUCACUAUGGAGCCUAACGAGCUCAGUUUGCAGCUGCAGAAGGGCCGCAGCGUCGACCAGCUGUCGGCGUCGCCGCUCGAUCCUCGAGUCUGAGCAUCCUCGAUUAUUAAACUAAUUGUGUAAAUAGUAAAAUAUCUGAAUCUCAACUUCAGUCUGGUAACGCAGAGUUCACGGAGUGAUAAACUGACAGAACUUGUAGCGAAAUUGAAUGAUAGUGUUGCAGUAGUGAAUAGAAUGAAUAAUUUCUAAGUUUAUGUUUAGUAGUUCGAUGAAUACGUGUCCGCACGGAACGAGGGACUCACCCGGUGCACGCUCAUAAGGUAUGACCUUCUGAAAAAGCCUCUCGUUCUACUAGUGGUUUGUUGAAAAAAAUACACCCUAUUAUAGCAGACUAUAAAAAGUUAUUUCUUCUAUACGCUUAACCAUCCGCGAGUGAUUUUAAACCAUAUCUUAUUAUAGUAGUAUAAUUAAUACUUAACAUAAUUUUAUUGAGAUAAAAGUUAUCUAUCGCUGUUUCUAACAGUAGUAAAUUUUUUUUAUAAAUCUGAAAUGUAUGUAUGCUAUUUUGUGUUCAUAAUAUUGAAAUGGUAUUUGAAUUAAGUGAUUAGGCUAUAUCACAAUACUCAUUUCACUACACCUGUUCAAUCCAUAGCCUUGCUUAUAAUUUGGGCUAAGAUCUAAGUUAAAUAGGUAGGUAAAAUUAAACUCAAAAGUUCUGAACCUACAAUUUAAUAUGGAUGAAUCAUUUUAUAAUGUUUUGUACUUAAUCACAUAUUAUUAUGUAUAUGAAAAAAACUAACUUUCAAUACUGCCUCGCAGAUUUCAGCUUGUGAUUUUUCAUAUUUAAUAAUUUAAAAAAAUUGUACAUGAUGUAUUUUGCUGCAAAAGUAAAUGUGAGUGAUCGUAAAAUAUCCUAUAUAGUUAGGAAUUUACAAUACGAAACUUUACAUCUAAUUCAUACUUUAUUUCCAUGGCAAGUUUAUCUUUGCAAAUAUAAAUACUUCAGAAACUUUACCUUUAGCUAAAAAUCUAAACUAGAAAAAUAAUUAUGAUAAAAUCAAAUUCACCACCACACUGGCAUUUCGUCAAACUAGAUCCUAUCCCCCACCAAGUAUAGAUUAGCAUUUAUUUUCAAAAAAAAUCAUAAUAGUAUAGACCAGUUUCAUAUAGACAUUCUCGAAUAAUUAUCUUAGAGCCUUAGAAUAAUCAAACAUAAGUACAUUUGAAUAACAUGUAAUAGACAUUGAUGAUUGAGACUUUGGUAACUUAAUGAUUUGUUAAAGAAUCCAAAAGUUUUAUCACAUUUAUUGUAAUAUAAAAACACAGUACAAAUCUAAAAUUACAAACCAUUUUAUGAUUAUUUUUGUUUCAGUUUUUUCAACUAAAUAGUUUUGAUCUGUAUUUUUUUGAUCUCUCAUGUAAAAUUCUGUAUGUGAUUAAUACAGAGAGAAAGUAUGAUUACUUAAAAAUAAUAUAUUGCAUAGCUAUAUCUCUUCACAUAGGUUAACUGUUACACUAUUAAGGUUUCAGAUUUUAUAGGACCAAAAUUAUUUUCACUAACUACUUAAUCUUGUUAAGUAGGCUUACUAUCAACUUUUUGUUAACAAUUCAUAUUGUUUUUAUGUAAUUUUAUUGUUUCAUAUCUGCUGGCAGUUUUAGAGACAAAGUGAUCAACUACACGAUCACUGAACAAAAUCAGGUUGUGAUUUAGUUAAUGCUACUAUGCUCUAAGAUUUAGCAACAAUUUGUUUUAACUCAAAUUAAAUUUUGAUGGUAGGCCUGCUGUACAUAUUUUCUUGACUCUUGUACAUUAAAUUAUGCAGACUGCCAAUUCAUUAUCCAUUAUUUUGCCCUGUUUGUACAACAUGUAUUUAAAUGUAUUGUUCAUUUAUUAAGUAUAUUUUUAAAUUGCAAGUUCAUCUAUAUAAGGUAUUUUUUGUUUGGUAGUACUCAUUCAAAUGUCAAUUCAUAGGAUGCUGUUUCUAAAUUAAAAAUUCAAUUACUACUGUAGUGAUAAUGUAGUAUGAGAUAUUUUUAAAUUAAAUAUUUAUCUUGUAUCUAUAUUUAAGAUGAAAAAGACAGGAAGAUUCAUUGUAAAUUUUUGUCAUAUAUUUGUUAAGAGAGAAAUAGUUUGAUAUGAAGAGUGUUAUAUCUAAUAAAAAUGCCUUAUUACAAUAGGUUAUAAGACUUGAUACUGACUUAGCUGUGAGAAAGUUGUUACGUCGAAUGCAAAGAAGAUAGGUUUGAUGAUAGCAACUCCUAAUUUGUUGCAUUUAGUGAUUAAUAAAAUUGCAUACACAUUU